AUGGUGCAUAGUCGAAAUUUCAAUCCCCUUGUGGGGAUAUUUUGCAUGGCCGUUGCCGUCGCCCGUGCAACAGCGGCAAAGUCGCUCGUCGACCAGCCGCUUAGUGACUUAAGCUUGGACGCCGCCACUGGCAGCCUUCUCAACUCAUUCAACCGUCUUCUCGAGGAUCAGACGAAAGCAACCAAUCAGUCAGAGUUUACUCGGCAGCUCUCGGAUGCGGCUUUGCGUAUAAUAUACAAUGUUUCUCCGUCGUUAAUCAGCACCAAGGUUGAAGCCCAAACUGAGGCAGCUGCUAGAACGAUAUUCCUCCCCAAUCCCGACGGUGAAGGCUGUUUGGCUCGAGACUAUUCGUCAAUGUGCCCAGAAGAUUUUUAUGAUGUUGGGGACGGGAAAAUAUGCAAGGCAAGCAUCUCGAAAAAACGAAACUCGUUGAAGCUGUACUCAGGCAACUGUGACAAGACACAAGAUCUGUCAAAUACCACCCCUGUGGACAAGAGAGCAUUUGCUUCGCGAUGUGGAACGAACUUAAGCCGUUACUGGCGCGCGAAGCGGCCAUUCGCGAAGUGCAGUGGCUUCCAUAGCUGUGUUCGCCAAAAAGACUUUCGACGAUACGAAGAAGCUUCAAGAAAAAACUGGUGA